AUGAAGAGAAAAGCUAUAGAGAUAGAAAAACAACGAAAAAAUCUGGAAUUGAAAAAGAAAGAAAUAGAAAAUAGUUUACAUUUGCUUCAGAUGGAGGAAGAGUUACAUAAAGCUGAGCUAGAAGCAAAAGAAAAUGGCAGUACUUGUGAUAUCGUUCAUCUUCAGUCUGAAACAUUUAGUUUGGCUUCGAGAGAAGAGUCGGUUAAUGAACAAGAACACAGAGGCAAUUCGGCGUCAUUAGAAAGCAACGCGGCUGAAAGGAUCCCUUUGAGAAGUUUUCCCGAAAGCGCCAAAAAGUCACAAGUGCGACGUCACAGGCGGUCCAGAAGCGAUGAUCUUUUCAAGAGGAAAUUAAGGUACAACGACGAGCAGGAUAUAAAACUUUCUGAAAAGGAUGCCCCAAGCAAUUUUAUUACUUCUACCAUUCCAGAAGACGAAGUACAGGAACGGUUCAAUAAAAACAAAAUGGGUCGGAGGGUUAUGCACACUGCUGACACCAUUUCUUUGUUACGCAAUGAUCGAAAUAUUGAGGUGAACGAUAUGAGAGAGAAAAAGUACACGACGAGAACGAGCAGCGCCGGAACAUUAAUAAUACCGGAAGAAAGUUUUCGCAACGCCCAUCGGCGACGUCAGCGUCGCGAUGCUGCCGACGUCAAUGACGCUUCGGGAAGAUCCACUUCGAACGGAGUUAAAGGUCACGCCACCAUCGUCGAGAGGAAAAGUUCCGCCAGGUCCACCUAUCGUUAG